AUGUCUUACACAAGCAAAAACACUCUAUGGCUAUCUGACAGCAUUGGUCAAGAUGUGAAAGACCUAAUUACCAAGUUUUAUACUCUUGCGGACCCCAAAGAGUCAAACGCGGGCACCCGAAUGGCUACCGAGGUUUUCACCAACGAUGCCGUCCUCGUCACGGCCAAUGGAACAUUCCGAGGGGUUUCAGAAAUUGCGAGAAGCAGAGACAAUGCCUGGUCCGUCGUGGAAUCUAGAAAACAUCGGGUGCUCAAAGUAUUUGCGAGCGAUCAAGAAGACCCCGAGCUUUCAAUCCUUGGAGCUGUAGAAAUGUCAGUUAAAAACGGUAGAAGCCUGGAUUCUCCAUUUGCCUGCCACGUCAAGUUGGUCUUGUCCUAUCCUGAGUCGGUGGACUGUCGAAUCACGCAUAUGCAAGUCUUUGAAGUGCCUUGGUAUACUUUAUAA